GCGGUCUCUUCUGUCCCAGUAUAUCCCUUGCCUUUCCGUACGUCACACGAAUGGCUACCUACAAUUACAUAGAUCCCGUCAACGCUAAUCUGGUAUGUUGCAUAUGUCGCAUGCCGUUCAUAUAUCCUUACACUACCACAACUUGCGCACAUACUUUCUGUCGAGACUGUAUCACAAAGUCUCUGGAGACUACAUCACAAUGCCCGAUCGAUAGAUUACCAUUGCGUGAGGCGAAUUUGCAGCCAGCAGGACCCAUCAUUAGAUCUCUUGUCGAUGAACUCCUUGUGGAGUGCGUGAACAGGCAUUUAGGUUGCAUGCAUACAUGUCAGCGACAGCUGAUGCCUGUCCACAUCUCAAAUUCUUGCCCUUUCGAAAGCAUUCCUUGUCCGGACCAGGACUGCAAGGAAAUGAUCUUUCGGAAGGACGCCAAUCAACAUCGUGACUCACACAAAACCAUGCUAUGUAACAAGUGCGGUGAAGAUAUACAAAGCAUAGGGUUGAAGGCUCACGGUUCGGCGUGUUCGGGCAGAUUCACGACGUGCGAGUUCUGCGAAUCGGAACUAGAACACUCUAUGCAAGCAUCCCACUUGGUAGUCUGUCAGGAAAUAACCGUGGCUUGCACUCAUGACAUCGAUGGGUGCGCUUGGGAGGGUAAAAGGAGUGAACUUUCCGCACACUUGACAUCUUGUGCAUACCACGCAAUAAGCGGUUUUUUCGCAAUCAACAAGGCCCGAAUAACAGCCUUGGAGGAUGAGAACGCUGUUUUGAAACGUCGGGUGGACACUCUGGAGGCACUGUUGAGGAUGGCUGGAUGCGAAUUACAAGCUGCAAAGAUAGCGUUGGGGCCUUGGUAUCAUUACUCCCUGAACUUGCAUCCUCAGCUUCACUUGCCGACUGAGCUGCCUUUCGACCUUCAACCUUCAAGUGCAUCGACAUCUCAAAAUGGUAGUGAUGAACAAGUUGGUGACAACCCGGUCGGUCCGUCGUCGGUACCCUCAGAACAUCCCGAUAUUCUCGCAUCGUUCUUUCCGAACGAGGAUCUACCUGAUCUACCCCGAUUACCUGCACCUCCAAGAGUCCCAUCCAUUUCCUCGACGACUUCCAGUCAAGGCUGGGAAUCAUUCACAGUUAACAAUACGGGAAUACGGCAAAAUCUCCAUAAUGCUGUCGCACCCUUGAAUCUCAGCACGACUUUAGAAGGUUCGCUGGAGGCGCUUCGACAAUCUAUUGUCACAAUUUCCACUUCGCUAGAUUCCCUGGGACGAAGGAACGAUAUUGCGUUGACCAAUGAGACUUUCAGGAUCAACGAAGAGAUUAUGUCUCUGAAGGCAAAUAUGCACGGGCUUCGCAUGCAGGUACACGCGAUAUUGAUGGACCGGAACGCUCAAGUGAUUCGAAGAGUUCAAGACUCUCAGGAUGGCUGGCCCGCACCUCAGCGGUUUCCAGGGUCUAUACAAUCAUCGGGUCCUGGUACGAAGCUUUGAACGAUUCAAGGUUCGGCGAGGUUUCCACGUCCUCGAUGAAAGUUCAUAUCCUUGUGUUGGUUACGCUGUGUUGUUUACUAACACCCUGUCUCGAUUGCCGUGUUUAUCAUUGAGGCAGUGGUAAUUUGUGUCUGAACUCUGUUUGUAAACAAGGUACUUGUGGAAUUUAGGUUGUACAGCAAUUUUGGGCUUUGCAUAGACUGCAUAGACUGCAUAGAGUAAGCCUAUACUUAGGACCCGUUGACGGUCCACGUUAUCAAGCGG